AUGGGGCCCCCGGGCAAUAGGGGAUCAUGGGGCCCCUGUGUCCUUGCCCAAACUCAAAAAAGCCUAUGAAAAAGGUACCAGGGGCAUCUCAUGGGGUCCCCUACUGACCCCGGGCCCUCGGGCAAAAAUAGAUGCAGAUUUUAAUAGGUCUGCAAAAAAUUAAAAAUGUGCCCCAGCAGGGGCGAACUGACAACUCAUGGGGCCCCCCCCCCCGGCAAUAGGAGAUCAUGGGGCCCCUGUGUCCUUGCCCAAACUCAAAAAAGCCUAUGAAAAAGGUACCAGGGGCAUCUCAUGGGGCCCCCUACUGACCCCGGGCCCUUGGGCAGUGCCCAAGUUUCCAAAUGGUCAGUCCACCCCUGUGCCC